AUGUUUGAAGGAUUUGGUUCGAAUAAGAGGCGUAAGGUAGCUCCUGAAGGUGAGAGUGAGAGUUCCAAACCAUGGGUUGAGAAGUAUAGACCAAAGAAGCUGGAUGAAGUCGCGGCUCAGGACCAUGCAGUAAAUGUGUUGAAGAAGACCCUUGGCUCGAGCAAUUUACCACACAUGUUGUUCUAUGGACCUCCAGGGACAGGUAAGACUUCCACGAUAUUGGCUUUAACUAAGGAAUUAUUUGGUCCGGAAUUGACGAAGACAAGAGUGUUAGAGUUGAACGCCUCAGAUGAGCGAGGUAUAUCAAUUGUUCGUGAAAAAGUGAAGAAUUUUGCAAGACUGACAGUUUCCAAACCAUCAGCUAAAGAUCGUGAGAAUCACCCAUGUCCGCCAUAUAAGAUCAUUAUACUGGAUGAAGCAGAUUCCAUGACUGCCGAUGCUCAAAGUGCUCUUCGUCGAACGAUGGAAACAUACUCAUCGGUAACCAGGUUUUGUUUGAUUUGUAAUUACGUCACCAGAAUCAUCGAUCCUCUAGCCUCGAGAUGCUCGAAAUUUAGAUUUAAAUCUCUGGAUGCUGCGAACGCUCUCGAUCGAUUGAAGUAUAUCGCAAAAGAAGAGUCCGUCGAUUACGAAGAAGGUGUGUUAGAUGAUAUACUGAAGAUUUCAAGCGGCGAUAUGAGAAGAGCAAUCACACUAUUACAAUCAGCGCACAAGCGAAAAGGCUUGGAAGGAUCUAAAAAGAUUACUCCACAAGAAAUUGAAGAAAUUUCUGGGUUAGUUCCGAACUCUACGAUACAUGAAUUAGCAGCGAAGAUAGCGGAAAGCAAUAUCGACGAAAUUGCAGAGUAUGUCAAUACUUUUAUGAAAAGCGGGUGGUCUGUCGCUGCCGUGACAGAGCAACUACAUAAUUAUUACUUGGUCAGCGAUGAUUAUGGCACAGACUUCAAGAAUAAAGUUUCUUGGAUUCUUUUCAAUACGGAUUCGAAGUUGACGAAUGGUACAAACGAACAUAUUCAACUUCUUAAUUUGGUUAUCCAAAUAUGCGAGAUCCAAAAGAAUUCCUAA